AUGACAUGUCAGGACGGCUGGGAUGUGUCCGGAAAGAACAUCUGGAUCCACCACAGCAAAGUUUGGAAUCAGGACGACUGCUUCGCUGUGAAAGGAUCCUCUAGUAAUGUUCUCAUCGAGAACGUGGAGGCGAGUGGUUUGGGCUUGACAAUUGGCUCCGAGGGGGGUAACGACAGAGUUAGGAACGUGACCUUCCGAAACGUUUACAUGGAGAAGACCUUCAAAGGCAUUUACAUGAAGUUCCGUGAGAUUGGCGAGGGUGAGGUCGGCUUGAUUGAAGACGUGACCUAUGAGAACAUCUACAUCAAAGAACCGGAGCAAUGGGGCAUUUGGAUCGGCCCCGCGCAGCAAUCCGACUCCCGACGCUUCUGGCAGGGCCAUCCCUGCUCAUUGCUCUGGCCAAACGUCCCCGGAGCCACCUGUAAGGCGGCCGAGAGGGGGAUCUACAGGAACAUCCUGUUGAAGAAUGUCACCAUCGAGAAUCCCAAGCUUCAGCCUGGAGUCAUCUUCUCGAGCGCUGACUAUCCCAUCCAAAACAUCAGCUUUGACUCUGUGAGGGUAGUCAACUGGAGGGGAAGGAAGGACAAGCUUCAAUACAAGCUUUGCGAAGGCGUGAAUGCUUCCCUUGCCCGCGUUCUCGGAGACACCAAUCCCAUACCUUCUUGCUUCCAGAAGCCUGCAGCACACGAUCACAGUGACGUGAUUCAGGUGUAA